AUGCUGGCAUGGAGGAUGGUGGAGAACCUGGACCUGGCUGAGCAGACCCUGAAGCUCCCCUUUCUGCAGCACAUGCAGUUCGGUGACCUGCAGGCUGACAGUUACACAAUCUUCAUGAUCCAGGACAUCUACUACCUGGCAAAGGUCACAGACAUGUUGAAGAAGAUCUCAGAGAAUGUACUGAACCCUGAUCUAAAACAGUUCAUGGAGGGAAGAUACAAGAGCUACAACCGUUUCAAGAUUCAGAUGCUGCAGGACUUCCACCUGAAUGGUGUGACUGAAAUCAAAGUCAUCAAGGCCAUGGAAGACUACCUAGAUGAAUACCAAAGGGUCACGGAGAAGGAAGAGCCCAUUAUGUUCGCUGUGAGUCUGCUGCCCUGCUCUAGGCUCUGGGUUCGGCUCGCAAACCAACUCAACAUAGGCUAUGGGAACGCAUACUGGACCUGGAAGAAGAACAACAUGGAUGGGCACCCUGAAAAACAUUUCAAGGACCUGCUGAACAAAUAUCUGAAGACAGAAAAUGAUGUUAAACGUGCCAAAGAAAUCUUUCGCACGCAAAUGCAGAACGAGCUCAACUUCUUUACAGCUUCAGUGCAACACUAAACACAACAUCUUCACCCUCCUCAGAUGUUCCUCUUUGUAGCGGUGAGGGUGACGACCAGGUCACCAAGGACACCGUUCAGAGACCCUUCAUGAAUUAAUGCAUGAAGGUAGUCAUGAACACAUCAGCAGAUGAAGGUCAAACACCUGAUCUGGUUAAAAAUCAGAUCAUGUCGAUCACCAUUUUAUUUCUCAGAGCAUCUGGGUGAAACCUGAGGGGAGUGAUUACUUUUCUAGGCACUGUAAAUGAUGUCAGUGUUACAGCAUGUUCAAAAUAAAUAAAAAAUAAAUAAUAUAAUGAUGAUGAGUUCAGAAAUAAAACUGUUUGUUAUAUUUGGUUUAAUCCUGAGACCCAUCUGUGACCUCCUCUUUUCUCAUGAAGCAGAACCCACAGGAACAUCUCUGGAAUCGGGUUUCUCUCAUGUUUCUAGAUCUGUUCCUGUUCUAAAGCCUGUUCUAGUGCUGGACCAGCACCGGUUCCUUCCGGCUAUCCUGAUCCAUCCAUGAGAUCCAAAAAGCAGAAGAAGGUCCGUUCCUCCUGAAAAGAAACAAACCUUGAGAAUGAACAGAGAAUUUAAAGUUUAAAUACAACCUUAACAUGU